ACCAGGUAGACUAGCAUUGAGAUAAUAGGAAAAAUAGAAUUAAAUGGAUGAAGCACAGUUAUGUCCACUUUAUCCUUUCAUUUGAAAAAAGCAGUUUGAAUUAUUGCUAACAAGCAUUGCAGUUUAAUUUGGUAUUUUCCGUAUCAACUGAACAGAUCUGGUUGCACUUUCAUUUUCAUAGCACAUUUUUUCACAGAUUGCUAUACUUGCAGAAGCAGAGUCUGAAUAAUCAAAUGACAAAUGUACUUUUCAGUAAUCUGAAUACCCCAUCCUGACUGUACAAUUUUUCCUGAUCUCAUAGGUUAUCUAUGCUUUGGAAUAGCCCAGUGCAAGUAAAUGUCACAAUUUCCUCAGCAACACAUCCAGAAGAAGUAGAAGUUGCUUCUGGCUCAGCUGACCAAGAUUGUCACUGCCCAUAUGCUUAUGUGUGUUUAUAUAGUUAGCAUAGUUGUUUGUCAGUCAUACCUGUCUUGCACUGCAGUUCUGUUUUUUACUCCUUUGUUUUUACAGCACAGCAGACUAGUAUAUUCAGGAAUAAUCUCUUCAGAUCAGAUACUUUUAGGAGUCAUGUUCUCAGCAAUCUCUUCUGAACUGCCAGUUCUGUGUGUCUCAAGAAGGUAGUGCAACAAAUGGAACUAAAUUCAUGCCAGCAACUACACAUCGGCAUCAACAGCUCCCACUGUGGAUAAAGAAUUCUUGGUUCCGGGAAUGGAAAACAGUAUUAAUGUAAUACUUCAGUAAAUAUUUUAAAUACAUUUUUGAUUAUUACUGCAUUUUAGUAAUACUUUAAAAUACAUCACAGUAAAUAAGGAUAAAUAAGACUAUGGUAUUAACAUUUAAAAUAUGGAAGUGCUGCAGUUAAACUGCUCAGACACAGUAUAACUGUAAAACAUGAAGCUUAAGGUAUACACUAGAAAAUGAGGGGAAAGUGCUCACAGCCAGAACACACAGGCUAUUUUUGCCUUUUAACAGCAGCGUAAGCCCCAGAUCUCUGAAUGUGUGGUUCUAUUACUACUACAUAAGGACUAGAUUUGAAAAGUGCAGAACAUCUGGCAAUUCCUGUUGUUUUGUGACAUAUCCCAAAAUCAAAGGAUUCUAUGUAUAUAAACUCAAAACUGCAAAAGUCUCAUUGCCUUUGCAACUAAUAGAACAACUCUUGCUUUGUUCAUUGUACAAAGUAAGUAGUUUCCUCAUUUUCAUGGCAAUUAGUCAAUUGUAUUUCCCAUUAAAUCUCUGAUUGCGAGUCCCAUUCAUGUGCUCUCAAGAAUGAAGCUCUAUAUAUAAACCAGUUGUUGGACUGAGCACUAAAUAUUAAAAAGCACUUUUUCUCUGGCUUUCUUUUUUUGGUGUUUAAAUUUUAAAGAGGCAAACUGAGAAUCUACCUAGGCUUCUGUACUGGAAGGUAGGAAGAUCUACAACCUGGGCUACUGUGUUGCCAGAUGAGUUCUAUGCAGAAGGCUGACAACCAAGAAGGCCUUGCAAAAGAGAAAGGCUGACUCUUUCUUGCACCAUUUGUCAGUGGAUCAUGCUUUACUGGUUGCAGUAACCACCAAUUACCAAACCUGCAGAUCCCUUUCCUCUUCUUGUGAGGAGUCAGAAAAAAGAGGUGACAAAAGGAAGAGGUGAAGAGGCAACUUGGUUCUCCUUUCUCCUGAGAUUGUUUUACUUGGACUGGAUGGGGCUGGGUGAUGGGUUGGACUGGGUGAUCUUGGAGGUCUCUUCCAACCUGAUUGAUUCUAUGAUGCUAUGACUGCAGUUUAUAAUUUCAGAAAGUACUUCAGCACAUAUGACCCACCAUUAAUAUUUAUUUUCUCUGCAUUUAUCAGGAGACAUGUUGAGCUAUCUAAAGGUAGUUACUGCAUCAGAGCCUAAUGGAAAAGGCAUUGUCUGAGUUAUUGAACUGUGACAAAAAAAUGCUUUGCUCUGAUCACAUUCUGUGAUGACUGAUACUGCUGUUUGAUUGCCACUUUAACAUCACCUCCUAUUCACCACGGAGCUACUUUGAAAAUACAAGAAAAGGAGCAAACUGUUCUAAAGGACUCAAGUAUAGGCCAGACCCACAUGGAUAAGAACUGAGUGUCUUGUUUAUAGAACUAUUUAAAAAGACAAUGAUCAUGCAGAUGGAAUUAGUGUGUGUCUCUGGAACCUGCAGGUGUUAAUGAGGAAUGAAUGAGCAAACCCGUAUGUGAAGAUUUGUUUUGGUAUAAAGACUACCGUAAGAAAUCCCUAUAGAAAGCCCUGGUAUGAAACAUGCACCACAAUGGGCUUUAGAGGAAAACUUUAUCCAACAGUAUCAUGCAAAUACAUUUAUGUAUGUAAAUUCAUGGAUCACUUGCAGGGAAAAAAAAGUACUGUUUUCAGCUUAUCACGAGAAGUUCUGUGUAUCAGGUAAAUUUACGUCCCUGUCUGGGAUCACUAACAUUUGAUUAAUAAUUUCAAUUAACUUGGUUCUUUUUUUCUGGAUCUGAUCGAAGCUGCUAACUUGCACUUGGAAAGCUUGUUUUCCGUUCCUAAAAGUAACGGCAAUUGCGGCCAGCUGCUCAAGCUGCGGACCUUGAAGACCAAUUCUGCUCUGCACAGUCCGCUCUGAGCGCUGCCGGUCUAGGACACGCUAGCUGCCUCAACCACCAGCCAGCCGGCAUACACUAGACGGUAACACGGCGGGUGACCGGGCCGCGCCGUGGGGAGCGGCUCAGACGCUACGUAGGGAGGAGGCGGCUGAUGCCCGCUAAUGAACUACUGCGAAUAACCGAAGUGAAUCAUCCCUGAGUGCCCAUUUCUUUGCGGGACUAGAUCGCGCCAGCUCAAAUGCACACAAAAAGGCAGCCACCCGCUCGGCCAAGACGGGCCCCAGCAAGUGCUGGGGCUGCGUCCCCGCGCAGGGGCCGCGGCGCCGACCGCGCUGCACGCCGGGUGCCGUAGUCUUCGCGGGACCAGGGUCCGCGCUGGAGAACCGGUCUGAAACCUAGAGGCAACGCACCCCGUCGAGUGGGGAGUGCGCCGUGAACUCCGCCUAGUUCUUAGCUGCCCUUUUCCGCCACGUUGGUGGAGAAAAGCCAUCACCCGGUGAACUGACAAAUAAAUGCGUGUACUCCGCGUUGUGGUGCCUCUCUUCUUCCCUCGGGGUGAGGGACUGGGGCAUUCUCCUUCGAGACUCCCCCUUCCCCUUGUGUACAUGGUACGUCCCGCUGGAGGCCAGCGCACCCCCAGCAGGCUCGGCAGGCUCCAUGGCCGGUCCUGCUCAGUCCGAGCGCUGCGUACGCCCUCCCUCCUCGCUCUUAGAAGUGCUUUCUCCAUUGGCUGCGGCCGUGCGUUCUUGCCAAUCAGGAAGCGGCUAUCAUGGAGGAAGGGAAUAAAUACAAGAUGGCUGCUCAUAUAAAACCAGGCAUUGGGCUUCGCCCCAGCGAUGGGGGAAUAGAAGCUUUAACCCGCGCUCCGAGGAUUGUGCACUGCUCUUGCCCGCUUUGCUGCUGUGUUCCCGGGGGGGGCGAAACUGUGACCGUUGCAGGCCACAGCUGCGCUCAGCCGCUCCCCGCGGAUCGCCGGCGGGGCCGAGGCCGGGUGCGGCGCCCUAGAGGCCCGAGCUAGGCCCUGCGCCCUCUUUCCUGGGAGAGCGGCGCCGGCCCCCCGCCUGUUGUCCUGCCGCUCCCCUUUAACGAGGCUCAGCUCCAGGCGGCAAUGGCCGUCUCCAGACUUGAUCGUCUCUUUAUUUUACUGGACACCGGUACAACACCAGUAACAAGAAAAGCAGCUGCACAGCAACUAGGGGAAGUAGUGAAACUGCAUCCUCAUGAGCUGAAUAAUCUCCUGUCCAAAGUCUUAGUCUAUUUGAGAAGUACGAAUUGGGAUACUCGUAUUGCAGCUGGCCAGGCUGUUGAAGCAAUAGUGAAAAAUGUACCUGAGUGGAAUCCAACCCCAAGAUCAAAACAAGAACCAGGCUCAGAAAGUCCUAUUGAGGAUUCACCUUCAACAGAUCGGUUGCGUUUUGAGAGAUUUGAUAUUUGUCGUUUGUUAAAACAUGGUGCAUCUCUCCUUGGAUCCGCUGGUGCAGAAUUUGAAGUCCAAGAUGAUAAAUCAGGUGAAAUUGAUCCUAAAGAGAGAAUAGCACGACAGAGGAAACUGUUACAGAAGAAGCUUGGCUUAGAUAUGGGUGCUGCAAUUGGGAUGAAUACUGAAGAUCUGUUCAAUGAUGAAGAUCUGGACUAUUCUCCUUCUUCAGUUUCACAACUAAACAAACAACCUACUCUUCAGGCUGCUGAGUUAAUUGACUCAGAAUUUCGAGCUGGUAUGAGCAGUAGACAAAAGAAUAAAGCCAAAAGAAUGGCUAAGCUAUUUGCAAAGCAAAGAUCCAGAGAUGCAGUGGAAACAAAUGAGAAGAGCAAUGAUAGCACUGAUGGGGAGCCAGAAGAAAAGAGGAGGAAAGUUGCAAAUGUUGUCAUUAGCCAGCCCACAACAGACUCAAAAACAUUGGUAGAAAAUGCUCCAGAAGAGGGAAAUGAAUGGCCUUUGGAAAGCUUUUGUGAAGAGGUGUGCAAUGAUCUCUUUAACCCUUCUUGGGAGGUUCGACAUGGUGCAGGUACUGGUCUGAGAGAGAUACUUAAAGCUCAUGGUAAAAGUGGUGGUAAAAUGGGUGAUAGCUCUUUAGAAGAGAUGAUUCAGCAGCAUCAGGAAUGGCUAGAAGACUUGGUUAUUAGACUUCUUUGUGUGUUUGCAUUAGACAGAUUCGGAGACUUUGUUUCAGAUGAAGUGGUGGCACCAGUACGUGAGACUUGUGCUCAGACUUUGGGAGUGGUAUUGAAACACAUGAAUGAGACUGGAGUUCAUAAAACAGUGGAUGUCCUCCUGAAGCUGCUUACACAGGAGCAGUGGGAAGUGAGACAUGGUGGUCUUCUAGGAAUAAAGUAUGCUUUGGCAGUACGUCAGGACAUGAUCAACACUUUACUGCCUAAAGUGUUGCCUGCAAUAAUUGAAGGUCUCCAGGAUCUGGAUGAUGAUGUCCGAGCUGUGGCUGCAGCAUCUUUAGUACCAGUAGUAGAAAGUCUGGUCCAGCUUCAGUCUCAGAAGGUGCCUUUUAUUCUUAAUACUUUGUGGGAUGCACUUCUGGAGUUGGAUGACUUGACAGCUUCCACAAACAGUAUCAUGAUCCUUCUUUCCUCCCUUCUGACUUAUCCUCAGGUCCGCAAAUGCAGUAUUCAGCAAUCACUCACAGUUCUGGUCCCACGUGUGUGGCCAUUCUUGCAUCAUACUAUAUCUUCUGUAAGAAAAGCAGCGCUGGAAACAUUAUUCACACUGCUCUCUACACAAGACCAGGGCUCUUCAACAUGGCUAACUCCAAUUCUGCAAGACAUGUUGAGGCACAUUUUUCAAUUUUGUAUCUUAGAAAGCAACCAAGAAAUUCUGGAUCUUAUUCACAAGGUAUGGCUGGAACUGUUAAACAAGGCAUCUGUACAGUAUGUGGUUGCAGCUGCUUGUCCAUGGAUGGGAGCCUGGCUUUGCUUAAUGAUGCAGCCAUCUCAUUUGCCCAUCGACUUAAACAUGUUGCUAGAAGUAAAACCCAGAUCAAAAGAAAAGGCAAGUGCUAAACUGCGUCAAGGUCAAACCCAGAAUAAGGAAGUGAUUCAGGAGUAUAUUGCUGGAGCAGACAGCAUUGCUGAAGAUCUGGCAACGAGGGAUUAUGUUGUCAUGCGAGCUCGGAUGAUGGCAGCAAAGUUGCUGGGAGCGCUUUGUUGCUGCAUUUGUGACCCAGGUGUAAAUACUGUUACUCAAGAAAUAAAGCCAGCUGAAUCAUUAGCUCAGCUACUGCUCUUCCACUUGAAUUCUAAAUCUGCCUUGCAGAGGAUUAGUGUUGCAUUAGUAAUCUGUGAGUGGGCAGCUUUGCAAAAGGAGUGUAGAACUGUGGCCAUUUGUGUGCAGCCUCGCUUACUUGGGGUUCUUUCUGAACAUCUCUAUUACGAUGAAAUUGCUGUUCCCUUUACACGAAUGCAGAAUGAAUGUAAACAACUCAUCUCAUUGCUAGCUGAUGCACACACUGACAUUGGAAACAGAAUAAACUGCAGUGUAUUUACAAUAGAUCAAGCUAAUGAGCUGGUUACUUCAGUUUUCAAUGAAGUGACAUCAUCCUUUCCUUUGAAUCCUAAAACUCUACAACAGUUGGACAGCAAACGACAACAAGUACAAAUGACUGUUACAGAAACUAAUCAGGAAUGGCAAGUGCUGCAUCUGCGAGUCCAUACAUUUGCUGCAUGUGCAGUUGUGAACUUGCAGCAGCUUCCAGAAAAACUGAAUCCUGUUAUAAAGCCUUUAAUGGAAGCUAUCAAAAAAGAGGAGAAUACACUUGUACAAAACUAUGUGGCUUCAUGUAUAGCAAAGUUACUUCAGCAGUGUACAACAAGGUCUCCUUGUCCCAACUCAAAGAUUAUAAAAAACCUCUGCAACUCCCUCUGUGUGGAUCCACAUCUCACCCCACUAGCAGCAUGUCCUGCACAGCCUCAGAGUAGCAGUGAAAACUCAAAAGGGCCCAACUCUGAUAAAGAUGGGAUGCAUCAUACAGUUACAAAGCAUAGGGGAAUAAUUACGUUGUACAGGCACCAGAAAGCUGCUUUUGCCAUCACAAGUCGGCGAGGUCCUACUCCAAAAGCUCCAAAAGCCCCAAUUGCAGAUCUCCCCACUGGCAGUAGUGGAAGCAUUCCUACAGAACUUGAUGAGGCCCAGAAACCUUACGUUGUACAGAGAAGAGGAGCUGAAUUUGCCUUAUCUACUAUAGCUAAACAUUUUGGUGCUGAAAUGGCAACGCGAUUGCCACAUCUCUGGGAUGCUAUGGUUGGUUCAUUAAGGAACAACAUUCACAUAAAUAAUUUUGAUAGAAAGUCCUUACUGGAAAAAGGAGAUGCUCCUGCCCAGGAGCUAGUAAAUUCUUUGCAGGUUUUUGAAACAACAGCAGCUUCAAUGGAUGUUCAGCUGCAUCCUCUGUUAAUACAGCAUUUGCCUCACCUUUAUAUGUGCCUUCAACAUCCCAGCACUGCAGUGAGACACAUGGCUGCUCGUUGUGUAGGUGUUAUGAGCAAAAUAGCUACCAUGGAAACAAUGAAUAUCUUUCUAGAGAAAGUUCUGCCAUGGUUGGGAGCAAUAGAUGACAACACCAAGCAAGAAGGUGCAAUUGAAGCACUUGCAUGCGUAAUGGAGCAGUUGGAUGUUGGUAUUGUUCCAUACAUUGUUCUGCUAGUGGUUCCAGUUCUGGGCAGAAUGAGUGAUCAGACAAACAGUGUACGUUUUAUGGCGACUCAGUGCUUUGCAACUCUAAUUAGACUAAUGCCCCUUGAGGCUGGCAUCCCAGAUCCACCAAACAUGUCUGAAGAAUUAAUCCGAAUGAAAGCUAAAGAACGUCACUUUCUGGAGCAAUUAUUGGAUGGAAAAAAACUGGAAAACUAUGAAAUUCCAGUGCCAAUCAAAGCAGAGCUCAGAAAAUAUCAGCAGGAUGGAGUGAACUGGCUGGCAUUUCUCAAUAAAUAUAAACUUCAUGGAAUUCUUUGUGAUGAUAUGGGCUUAGGAAAAACUUUACAAUCCAUCUGUAUUCUUGCAGGUGAUCAUUGCCUCAGGGCUCAGGAAUAUGCAAGAACAAAACUGGUGGACAGUGUUCCUCUUCCCUCCUUGGUGGUGUGCCCUCCUACACUCACAGGACACUGGGUGGAUGAAGUGGGCAAAUUUUGCUCCAAAGAAUACCUUAACCCUUUGCACUAUACAGGACCUCCUACUGAAAGAGCAAGAUUACAGCACCAGGUGAAAAGACACAAUCUCAUAGUGGCUUCAUACGAUGUUGUAAGAAACGACAUUGACUUUUUCAGAAAUAUUAAGUUUAAUUACUGCAUUCUUGAUGAAGGUCAUGUAAUAAAAAAUGGAAAAACAAAGCUUUCAAAAGCAGUAAAACAGCUGACUGCUAACUACAGGAUAAUUCUUUCUGGGACACCAAUCCAGAACAACGUCUUAGAAUUGUGGUCGUUGUUUGACUUCCUUAUGCCAGGAUUUUUGGGUACUGAGCGCCAAUUUGCAGCUCGUUAUGGAAAACCAAUACUGGCAAGUAGAGAUGCCCGAAGCUCAAGUCGAGAACAAGAGGCUGGGGUUCUUGCAAUGGAAGCACUGCAUCGACAAGUUCUGCCAUUUCUACUAAGAAGAAUGAAAGAGGAUGUACUGCAAGAUCUUCCACCCAAAAUUAUUCAAGAUUAUUACUGCAUUCUCAGUCCUCUACAGGUUCAGCUUUAUGAAGAUUUUGCCAAGUCUCGUGCCAAAUGUGAUAUUGAUGAAACUGUUUCUUCAAUUUCACUGAAUGAAGAAACUGAAAAACCAAAGCUUAAAGCUACAGGUCAUGUGUUUCAGGCAUUGCAAUACUUACGGAAGCUAUGCAACCAUCCAGCACUGGUGUUAACACCCCAACAUCCAGAAUAUAAAAGAAUUACAGAGCAGCUUGCAGCUCAUAAUUCAUCCCUUCGAGAUAUCCAACAUGCACCUAAGCUGUCUGCUUUAAAACAACUGCUGCUUGACUGUGGUUUGGGGAAUGGUGGAUCUUCAGAAAGCGGUACAGAAGCUGUUGUGGCCCAGCACAGAGUACUUAUCUUCUGUCAACUUAAAAGCAUGCUGGAUAUAGUGGAGCAUGACCUUCUCAGACCUCAGUUACCUUCAGUAACUUAUUUACGACUAGAUGGCAGCAUACCUGCUGGUCAGAGGCACUCCAUCGUUUCACGGUUUAAUAACGACCCGUCUAUAGAUGUUCUUUUGCUCACUACUCAUGUUGGUGGAUUGGGACUUAACCUAACAGGGGCUGAUACCGUAGUAUUUGUGGAACAUGACUGGAACCCAAUGAGAGACCUGCAGGCCAUGGAUCGGGCACAUCGCAUUGGGCAGAAACGUGUUGUUAAUGUGUAUCGCCUGAUAACUAGAGGAACUCUGGAGGAGAAGAUCAUGGGUCUUCAAAAGUUCAAAAUGAAUAUUGCAAACACAGUGAUCAGCCAAGAAAAUUCAAGCCUACAGAGCAUGGGAACAGAACAGCUUCUUGAUCUGUUCACUCUUGACAAGGAGGGAAAAACUGAAAAAGCAGAUACUUCUACCUCUUCUGGGAAGGCAUCAAUGAAAUCAGUACUCGAGAACCUUGGAGAACUAUGGGAUCAAGAACAGUAUGAUACCGAAUACAGUCUUGAAAACUUUAUGCAUUCAUUAAAGUAACCAUCAUAUAUUUGUACUACAGCUGCUGCUAGUUCACGUAUUUUUCUGCUGAUAUUCAGCAAACGUCAAAGCAUAGAGUGAACCUUUAGCUUAAUGUGUAAAUAGACUAAUUGAAAGAAGAAUCUUGAAAAAGACUGGCACUGAGUAGUGUCACAUGUUUCACUGGGGAGUUACUGUCUUAAACCUUUGCACUGUAUAAAAGAACUUUAAAUGUAAACAUUGUGAGGUGGUUUGAAUUUUACUCGUUCUGAACAGCUGCAAAUUCUUACUUGGUAGAAGAGAAUGAAGAAGUUUUUACAUAGAUUAACAAGUGUUACUUCUGUUUGAAGUUAAGUCCAUCCUUAUUUCUUUCUGUAUCUGUAACAGUUUUGUACAGUUGUUUCAGUGAGUACUUCAGGUUGUUCAGUGUACAUUUUUUCUUUGAAACACAACUUGCUUUUAUGAUACAUUAAAAAACAAAACAGUUUUCAACUGAAACUUUUCAUUCGGAUCAUUUCAGAUCACCAGAGGCAAAGCCUAGAAGCCUUGAAAGCAUUAAAUAAAGGGCACUGGUGUGUGCACCCACCUUUGUAUAUUGAGUAUAAAUAAAUUCUGCUCUUCAGUCUUUUGACACCAUCUUGGGAGGACAGCUGACUUGAACUUUUUAAUGUAAUGAGCUAUAUUAAAUACAGGUAAUGACCUAUUUGAGGCCAUGUUUGCAUCCUGUUAGCAAGGGUGCACUUUUUUAAUUUAUAAGGCUAGAAUAUAGCCACUCUGAGAGAUGCAUGUAUUCGGUAUGUUUCAAUCCUAUAUAUUUUUUGUAACUAAAAGAAGAAAUUAAAUAUACAGACAGACCUUUUCCAGAAGUAGAUUUUACACUGUCUAGGAUUCUUAAGUCCAUGCUAAAGUGACUGUUUACUAAAUGGAUGCAUGAUUUAAAGCUUCUUAAAGGAAUAGGGAGGAUUUUUUUCUUUCUUUAGGAGAAAAUAUGCGUAGAAAUACCUACUUUCAUUUGAGGGAAUAGUGGAAAUUGCGUAACAAAGAUAGUAAAGGACUUUAAUAGCAGUGAGUGAAAAAAGUAUGGCUGUAUGUUACACAGCUUUUUAUAAAAGGGAGGUGGUAGUAAAAUUGUGUUUCUAGAUGUGCACAUGUACCAGUGUGUGCACUUUUUAUAAAUAUUAAAUUAUAGAUAACUUACAGCAGUUGUCUGGAUACAUAGAAUAUAUGUAAAAUAUAAAACCUAAGGUUUGUAGCUUGCUGUGUGCUUAAGCAUCAGAGCUUAAAAAAACAUCAGAGACCUCAACUAUGUAAAAUAAGAUUGUUUUAAAACAAUAUAUAUAAAUCAAGACUGUUCUGCAGCAUUGGAGAUUAAUGUCACAUUUCAGUAGUUAUGAACUGCCAUAUUGUAACAAUUAGCAUUCCAUGAAAAUAAACAACUGGGAAUAUCUAGUUUGUAUUUUGUGUAUGUCCAUGCUUAGUUUGCUUUUUUCCGUAGAGAGGAUUUCCACUGUAGCUGACUAGAUAAAAGACUAAUGCUUUGGAAAGUCAGAUUACUAGCAUUACAUUGGUUCGUUUCUGCCUUUAUACAUAGAAUAUUUUUGUUGUUCUUGCAACUGAUACUCCAAGUGGGAGACAUGAGAGGAGGCUUGUUCUGUUUGCAGAGAAAUUAUAAUGCUGGAAUACUGGAUUCUUUAAGAUAACUAGGUGCAGUAAUCUGGUCCUAGUGCCCAGAAAUUACAAGGUAUUUGAAUAAAGAAACCUCUUAGUCAUAAAA